UUUACCUCCCAGAUUCUCCCAAUUUCUUAAUUUUUAUGACUUGAUAGUUCCUGCAAAUUUCUCCCUCAAUUUGAUUCCAAUUUAUCGGAAACAACAGUUCUGCAAAUCAAUCCAAAUAUUGGGCACAAAGUUUUGGUCAGCAGCAGAGACCAAGCCAUUCCAAUUCCUAUCAAGUUUCAAGAGGUAUAAUCCCCAUCCCAAGUUCAUUGCAUCAAUUCACAAUCAGUUGCUGGUCGAAUUAAUCGAACAAUUCGAAUAAAAGAACUGAAAUUCUUUAAGAAAACGAAAAUUCGAGGUGAAGGUGGUCGGAGAGAGAGAGAGAGAGAUUUGAGGGAGGUUAUGGAGACGUCACCCCCUUUUGAUUCAUCAAUGUAUCUCAAUUUGAAUAUGAAUUGGAAGCAGAGCGUUUGAAUCCGGUGCUUAUUGUGCUUUAGAAAUCCCUAAUUCUAGAAGAAAUGCUUCGAGCCCUAAGAAAUUACAGCACGAAUUCGCGCCGAGCCAUGGAUCUACGGAAACUCAGGCCUUUGAUCCUGAAGCGAAUCGAGCACCGCGCCCGCGACUAUCCCGUCAAACCUAUACUUCCGGUGGCGCGUGAAGUCCUCCGCGCCAGAACCGCCCUCUACAGUGGAGUCUCAACGCUCAUCCGCCACAUACCGGUUUGGGCUUGCAAAUACUGCCCAGAAGUUUAUAUAGGUGAAGGAGGUCAUUUGAUUCAAACUUGCCACGGCUACAGGCGCCAUGGUAAGAAAAAGGUCCAUGAAUGGGUAAAUGGGAGCAUAGAUGACGUUAUAGUCCCAGUGGAAUGUUUUCACUUGCAGAAAAUGUUUCAGAACAUAAUCAAACAUCAAGAAAGAUUUGAUCAUCAACGCGUUCCUGCAGUCGUGGAGCUCUGCCUGCAGGCAGGGGUCGAUUCCAAUGAUCCAAGCAUUGUGAUUGCUCCAUUCGACAAUGCAGAUGACCAUAGGUCGUUAUCGGAGGAUAAUUUGAGAUUGAUAGGUCGACAAACUCUGGACGCGUGGGAGAAGCUUCGAUCUGGAGUUCACAAGUUGUUGUUUGUCUACCCAGCAAGAGUCUGCAAACACUGUUGUGAAGUCCAUGUAGGGCCAUCGGGGCACAAGGCUCGGACAUGUGGAGUGUUCAAGUACGAGAGCUGGCACGGGACUCAUUUCUGGAAGAAGGCGGGGGUGGACGACAUGGUUCCUCCUAAAAGAGUCUGGCACAGGCGCCGCCAGGAUCCACCUAUACUCGUUGACAAAGGACGCAAUUAUUAUGGCCACGCGCCUGCUGUUGUGGAUCUGUGCAGUAAGGCCGGUGCACUGGUCCCAUCUACAUACUUUACCAUGAUGAAAAUAGAUGGCUUGACUGCUCCUGUUUGAAUUGAAUCGUCUUGGCUUGUGAAGAUGCAAGCAAGAAUGACUUCUUCUCGUCUCCCAAAUAGUCCCCUUUUCUCGAUCUCGUUGGACCUGUAAUGUGUUGCCGGAUGCGCCACGCCAUUCCCUCAGCGUAGGGCGACGGAUCGGAGCCUCUCUGAGAGAGGACGGUGUUGAGGAAUCGUUGGGUGAAUUGAGACAUUUUGUUAGGGAUUGAGAGGUGGGAAUUUGGAAGAGAAGACUGCCGCUUUUCUAUUUUUGAAACAUAAGAUUUCAUUUUCGCUGAAAUAAUAUGGUCGGAAAUAGUAGUACUGA